CAUAUCGGUGGAACAAAAUGAAACCGAUAUUUCCACAGAUUGAUCCUUAUUUCAAUGUGAAAAGGCUCUUUUGGGACCUAAAACGGAAACUUAAAGAGGCCGCAGAAGCGAAAGCGUCAGUGUCAGCGAUGCCGUCAAAGAAGUUCACCCCACCGGGCUUGAUGGCGGAAAAGGAGCAGAUGGCAGCAGCGGCAGCGGUGCGCAGUGACUCAACACUGGAAGCGGACGGUCGCUCGGAAGGUGAGGGAGGCCUGGAGCUGAGCAAAGGGAACAGCCCCCUGACGGCCGCGGAGCCACCGUCACCCCUGAGCCCCGAGCAGGACGGGGACGCUGCCUCCCCCGAGGUGAUGAUGGACAAAGUCUCCAGCUGCCCGAAGAGGAGCAGGCAAAGCUCAGGGGGGGCACAUUCCCCCCCCAAGCAGGAAGGCCGGGUUAGCCUGAGACAGAGGCCGUCACCGAGGACCAUAUUUCAGGCGGGUUUCACUUCGUACAGCAGGCAGGACAGCAGUGGAGGGACCAAGCAGAGGCAGAGCUGCCAUCCAGUGACCAACGCCUGUUCUCCGUCCAUUGAUGCACCCAAGAGCGCCGCCCUAGAGGUGACAGAGCAAGACUCCAGUCAGAACACGGCCUGCCCUUCCCCAUCGCCCUCCUCCUCUACCUCUUCUUCUGCUGUGGAUGUGGCAAGUCAGCCUGAGUACAAGGACAGUAAAGGCUUCGCCGUGGGCGAGCUCGUCUGGGGGAAGAUACGUGGCUUCUCCUGGUGGCCCGGCAUGGUGGUGACAUGGCGCUCCACCGGCCGACGGCAGGCCACCCAUGGCAUGCGCUGGCUGCAGUGGUUUGGGGACGGCAAGUUCUCUGAGGUUUCGGCAGACAAGCUGGACUCCAUCGCGGCCUUUCCCAAGUACUUCAGCCAGGCCUCCUAUGCCAAGCUAGCCUCCUACCGAAGGGCGGUGUUUCAGGCACUGGAGGUGGCAGGUACCCGUGCAGGCAGGAUUUUCCCUCAAGGUGAGGAUCCGGUGAAGCCCAUGCUAGAAUGGGCCAAUGGGGGCUUCCAACCUGAGGGUCUUGAAGGACUCAGGCCCACUUCUGCAAGCCCAGCAGACAGCAGUUCCCUGGGCCUCCAGGUUCUGGAUGCCAGGCCCUCUGAGUACAUUCCUCCCAGCAAGAAGCAGAAGCUCAGUCCAGGCAAAGCCAAACUUGGGGGUGAAGAGUCAUACAGUCGAGAACAAAUGGUCCUCGAAGUUCUGAAGAAUAACAGAUGUAUAGAAGAGUUUUGUCUGUCCUGUGGAAAAAUGAGAGUGGUGACUUUUCACCCGCUUUUUGAAGGAGGUCUGUGCCAGUCAUGCAAGGACGUGUACCUGGAGGUCUUCUACAUGUACGAUGACGAUGGAUACCAGUCCUAUUGCACGGUGUGCUGUGGUGGCCGGGAAGUGCUGCUGUGUGGAAACACCAACUGCUGCAGGUGCUUCUGCGUCGACUGCCUGGAUAUCCUGGUGGGUGCCGGGACGUCGGAUCAGGCCCGUGCCCUCGAUCCCUGGCACUGCUAUGUGUGCCAGCCUGCGCAAGCCAUUGGCGUGCUCCACUGCCGGCCUGACUGGAGCACCCGGCUGCAGGACUUCUUCGCCAGCGACUAUGGACAGGAGUUUGAGGCCCCCAUGACGUACCUGGCAGUCCCGGCUGAGAAGAGGAGGCCCAUCCGUGUUCUGUCCUUGUUUGAUGGUAUCGCCACCGGGUACCUGGUGCUGAAGGACUUGGGCUUCAAGGUGGACCAAUACAUCGCCUCGGAGAUCUGUGAGGACUCCAUUUCCGUGGGGGCUGUCCGACAUGAAGGGAAGAUCCAGUAUGUGCACGAUGUGAGGAACAUCACCAGGAAGGAUAUUGCUGAAUGGGGGCCAUUUGACCUGGUGAUUGGCGGGAGCCCAUGUAACGACCUCUCCAUCGUCAACCCGGCGCGGAAGGGCCUCUAUGAGGGCACGGGACGCCUCUUUUUUGAGUUCUAUCGACUGCUGAGCGUGGCCAGGCCCAAACCUGGGCAGAACCGGCCCUUCUUCUGGCUCUUUGAGAACGUGGUAGCCAUGGGCGUCAAUGACAAGAGGGACAUCUCACGCUUCCUGGAGUGUAACCCGGUGAUGAUCGACGCCAUCGAGGUGUCAGCUGCACACCGUGCGCGCUACUUCUGGGGGAACCUGCCGGGGAUGAACAGGCCCCUGUGUGCCUCAGGGAUGGAUAAGCUCCAGUUGCAGGACUGCCUGGAACAUGGGCGUGUAGCCAAGUUUGGGAAGGUGCGUACCAUCACCACCCGCUCCAACUCCAUCAAGCAGGGCAAGGACCAGCACUUCCCCGUCAUCAUGAAUGGAAAGGAGGACAUCCUGUGGUGCAGUGAGAUGGAGAGGAUUUUCGGCUUCCCCGUGCACUACACCGAUGUGUCCAACAUGGGCCGCGGGGCCCGGCAGAGGCUGCUGGGCCGGUCCUGGAGCGUCCCGGUGAUCCGGCACCUGUUUGCCCCACUUAAAGACUAUUUUGCCUGCGAGUAGUCCCACUGCUGACCGCAAACCGGCCUCCCUCACCAUUUGGGAGGGAUAGGGGUGGUGUUAUGGUGCUUUAACAUGAUGUGGAGCAGUGAGCUUGGGAUUGGCCUGCUCCUGCAGCUCUCUGGGCUCACUGGCUGGGGAGUGUCUGCCCCUCCUGUAGCUCAACCUGGUAGCUUUUACAAUAACGAUGCAAGAAUCAGGGAUCCUGUCACAGCGUGAGCCUCACCUGGGAUGUUCAGGUGAUUGGGGGAGAGGCCGCAUUCAACGAUUCCAUGGCAACUAUAUAAGCUUUUCUGGUUGGUUAUACCUCACAAAGAACUCCAGAUAUACACAGCACUUUUUGAUUUUUUUUUUCCCUUUUUUUAAACUGUGAUAUUUCUGUACCAUUAACCCCUGACAUACAAAUCAUUGAGGGUUGUUAAUGGAUAACAUGUUUUAAAAAUUCUGUAGUCCAUCUUUAAAUCCUGUUCACUUUAGUAGUUUGCUUACAGAACUUGAAUUCCCACAAAGUUCAUUUUGGGAAAACGAUACGAGCAUACAUUAUACGAGCACUUAAAAAGUUACGUUCAAAAUAAGAUUUAUUUUAAAAUGUGAUUUUAUUUUCUUUCUACGUACUGUAAAACAAUCAGGUGAACAAGAAAGUUAUAAAAAUGUUAUUUAAAUUGAUGGUUCCUAAAGUUUAUCCAGAUUUAAACAUAUUAUAUUAAUGCAUCCUUUUGUGAAACUUGAUGAAAAAAAAAUUUAAAUUCUAAAACAUCCAGUGAAACAGAGAGAGUCUUACGGAGGUAUGAAGAAAUGGGAGCUGAGCUGUCAAAAGUUUUUUCUCAUACAAGCUAAAAACAGCUUGAUUUGUUAUUUGGAAUUGCCUCAGAAGGUGUUCCCCAAAUAUGUGGGCACUCCCUCUACCAUAGACUACAUACAGCCUUUCUCCUCUUAAUAGUAGCAUCUUACACAACACUUUAGUCCACACUGCCUGAUUUAUUUUUUUUUUGUCCAUGCCGACAAUCUUGCACUCUAAAUAGGAUUUCUACCUGAAGACCUGGUACUGCGCUUCUUACAUGUGAAAGCUACGUCUUUCAUCUGCUAAAGUCUUUGAAUGAAGCGUUCUGAUUUUAAUCCAGAGAUACUGUUUACUGUACUAAUAAUGUUUCCAUCUGGGCAAAAUACCUCGGCGAUUUUCUAUUGUGAACAAGAUCGAAGUACUGUAUAUUUUUAAACUGUUUUUGAAGUGUCAGAUUUUAACACUCUUAAAACGUCUUUAUAUUCCUAUAUAUAAAUACACGUUUCAAUUAUUAUGUUGUGGCAGUAUUCUUUACAUGGUGUUUUGACUGCUUUUACGUCAAACUCUUAUCCUGCGAUAGACAAUACGUAAAUAAUGGACAUUUGUUUUGGUUUUUACUGCUGUAAUUUGAUAACAUUUGUUGCAUGCUACUAAAACAAUUUUGGUGGAUUUCCACUGUCAUUUUAAAAACAGCUGCAUUUAUAAUUUUCCUCACAUUUAUAGCAUAUUGUUACCAUCUCUGUAUAAAACGCUUUCCUUUAUAACAUAGUUAAAUCAUAUCAGUUUAUGGUGCAUUGUAAGACAAAUUUUGCUGUUUCUGUAUUCCUUGUUUUUAUAUACCAAGGUGUCCAUUCCUUAUUGUAGCUUCCACAAUGUACCUUUUGUAUUAAACGAAUACUGGAUUUAUUUUCAA